UGACAGUGAUUCAUCUUGUGGUUGGACUGUCAUCAAUCAUGAGGGUUCUGAUGUAGAGAUGGUAAAUUCUGCCACAGCCAGUGACAGCUGUGAGCUUACCCCAGAAUGUUCAUCUUUAGAGCAAGAGGAACUACAAGUAUUACAAAUGGAGCAAGGAGAAAGCAGUCAGAAUGACACAGAGUUAAUGGGAGAAACUGCUUAUGCAACUUUGGAAGAAACCAAGUCAGCCACUGAGGAAGAGGAAGAAAAGAUACCUGAAGAUAGUGUCGGUUUUGGAACUGCCAGUGAUGAUUCUGACAUCGUUACCCUUGAGCCACCUAAGUUAGAAGAAAUAGGAAAUCAAGAAGUCAUUGUUAAAGAAGCACUGAGUUCAGACGACUUUAACAUGGGCUCUUCUUCUAGCAGCCAAUAUGCAUUUUGUCAGCCAGAAACUGAAAGGUGGUGGGAGAAGCUGUGGAAGAUUCCUGAAUGCAUAAGGGGAUGGGAUGAUCAGCUGAAACACCAUGUUCCUAGCCAACUCGCUUUCCAAGUAUUUUCAUCUCAGCCUAGUGAUGAUGAAUCAAGUAGUGAUGAAACCAGUAAUCAGCCCAGUCCUGCCUUUAGACGACGCCGUGCUAGGAAAAAGACUGUUUCUGCUUCAGAAUCUGAAGAACGGGUACUUCCUGAACAAGAAACUGAACCUUCUAAGGAGUUGAGUAAACGCCAAUUCAGUAGUGGUCUCAAUAAGUGUGUUAUACUUGCUUUGGUGAUUGCAAUCAGCAUGGGAUUUGGACAUUUCUAUGGCACAGUUCAGAUUCAGAAGCGUCAACAGUUAGUCAGAAAGAUACAUGAAGAUGAACUGAAUGACAUGAAGGAUUAUCUUUCUCAAUGUCAACAGGAACAAGAGUCUUUCCCAGAUUAUAAGUCAUUGAAAGAAAACCUUGUGAGAUGCUGGACCCAUACCGAAGCAGAGAAGAUAGCUUUUGAAACUCAGAAAAAUAACCUUGCUACAGAAAACCAGAAUUUGAGAGUAUCACUGGAGAAGGAAGAGAAAGCCUUGUGUUCAUUGCAGGAUGAGUUAAGAAAACUUAGAGAACAGAUUAGAGUAUUGGAAGAUAAAGGAACGAGUACAGAAUUAAUUACAGAAAAUCAGCAACUUAAGCAGCAUUUGGAAGAGGAAAAGCAGAAAACUCACAGCUUCCUCAAUCAAAGAGAAACCCUACUGGCAGAAGCAAAGAUGUUAAAGAAGGAACUGGAGAGAGAACGACUAGUAACUAUGGCUCUAAGGGUGGAACUCCAGCAGUUAAGUGCCAGUCAGUCAAAUGGCAACUCAGAUUCUCCCAAUGUAUUGACUGAUAAAAAGGAAAUAGCAGUUCUAAGGGAAAGACUCACUGAGCUGGAGCGGAAGCUAAACUUUGAACAGCAGCGUUCUGAUUUGUGGGAAAGACUGUAUGUUGAGGCAAAAGAUCAAAAUGGAAAACAAGAAGCUGAUGGAAAAAAGAAAGGGGGCAGAGGAAACCACAGAGCUAAAAAUAAGUCAAAGGAAACAUUUUUGGGCUCAGUUAAGGAAACAUUUGAUGCCAUGAAGAAUUCUACCAAGGAGUUUGUGAGACAUCAUAAAGAAAAAAUUAAACAGGCUAAAGAAGCUGUAAAGGAAAAUCUGAAAAAGUUCUCAGAUUCAGUUAAGUCCACUUUCAGACAUUUUAAAGAUACCACCAAAACUAUCUUUGAUGAAAAAGGUAAUAAAAAAUUCAGUGCUACGAAAGAAGGAGCAGCUGAAAAACCAACAGUUUUUAAUGACUGUUUACAUCCACAGUAUAAGACAUGUACACAAAACCAGAUGAAUAGAGGCCCUACUAUGCAACAAGAUGGAAGGAAAGAACAGCCAGUUCACUUUGGAGAAUUUAGAAAAAAUACAAAUUCACAGAAGUAUAGUGCUGAGUAUUCUUUUAGAAAGUCUUGUUCUGGCGUAUUUGAAUGUGCUCGUGAAGAAUCUGUUAGCCUUUUUAAUACAGUGAUGAAUCCUGUCAGGAUAGAUGAGUUUACACAGUUAAUUGAAAGGUACUUAUUAAAAGAAGUGAAUGCUUUUCAUCAUUGGAGAGAACUUGGUCAAUUCAUCAAUAAGUUUUUCCUAAAUGGUAUCUUUAUACAUGAUCAGAAGCUCUUCACGGACUUUGUUAAUGAUGUUAAAGAGUAUCUUAAAGACAUGAAGGAGUAUCAAGUAAAUAAUGAUGGAGUGUUUGAGAAGUUGGAUGGAUAUAUAUAUAGACACUUCUUUGGUCACACUUUUCCCCCUCCAUAUGGACCCAGUCGACCUGAUAAAAAGCAACGUAUGGUAAAUAUUGAAAACUCCAGGCAUCGAAAACAAGAGCAGAAGCAUCUUCAGCCACAGCCUUAUAAAAGGGAAGCUUCAUCUCCCGGGAGCGGUCCUGGAGACCACGGAAGGCCAGGCUGCAGUCGCCACGCCCCCGCUCCAUCUCGCACCUGCCUGGGGGCCCUUUAAGGACCCCCAGCCUCCGCUUUUCCCGGGCGGAAGAGGCUGCAG